AUGAUCUCCCGCAUAGGCAGUGCGCGGGUUGCCCCGUCGCCCUUCACCCUCACUCCGCUCCAAUUUGCCUGUCGCCGCGCCGUCCACCAACAAGCGGCCACCUCGCCCUCCAGGCCGCCCUCCAAGUCCCAGCCUAAGCUCGACCUGAUUAACAGAGAGCGCGCCAAUCCCCCGGCUUCGACCCUCCCCGAGCUCGUCGACGUUCCUCCGCGGAGGCCCGACCAAAACAUCCUCAGCUAUGGCCUCCAAUCCGGCAAAGCCUACUGGAAGUUCUACAAGGCCGGUGUGAAGAGCAUAUGGAACAACCGCAAGCUGGCCAAGGCCGUCUUGGAGCGCCUGCGCCAGAACAAAGAGCCGUUUGUGCAGAUCAAGCCCGGCAUGGACGCAUUGGACGUGGCCUUCACACGCGGCGAGUUCCAGCUGUUGCGCCGGUCGCAGCAUGACAUGCGCCGCGUGCCCGCCUUCGCCGUGCUGCUCCUACUAUGCGGCGAGUGGCUGCCGGUCAUCGUCAUCUUCGUCGACGGUCUCGUUCCGCUGCCUUGCCGCAUUCCCCGCCAGGUUGAGAAGGCCGAGCGCAAGCGCGAGGACCAGCGCCGUGGCGGCCGAAAGCUGCUGGCCGAUACUCAAGCUGCCGCCCGCAUAGAUCAGCACCGCGUGCCGCAGGGUGAUGGUGAGACUAUGAGGGCACUGGAUACGCUACAUCUCAACCUCGACCAGGCCACGAAGAACUUGACACAUUCCCCCAAAACCUCGGUACAUCUGUACCUGCACCAUGCCGCUACCAACUUCAAUGUGCGCUCUACCCUGUGGGAUCGGACUAAAGCCUACACCAUCAUGCCGUCGAUAUUGUGGAUGAUCAAGCUGCGGAGGCAUUUAAGAUACCUGACGCUUGAUGACGCGCUUCUGCGCCGCGAUGGUGGUGUCGACGCUCUUAGGCCUGAAGAGGUGCUCGUUGCCUGCACUGACCGCGGCAUUGAUAUCACGGGGAAAGCGGAGGGACAGUGGAGGCCAGACGCACAGUUGAGGGCGGACUUGAAGGAGUGGCUGCAGAAGAGGAGGGGUUCGGAAUGGUUGAAGCUGCUUUUCGAAAAGAACAAGGCAUAG